AUGAAGCCUAUUACAUAUUUGUGUUUUACUUUGAUGUCCAUACUCAUUCAGUUUUGUCUAAUGGACUUCAUAAAUGAAAGAAUUCAGACUGGUGAUACAUUUAUUGAUCACAAAAAAACUGUUACUGGAAACCUAAGCUUUGUGUUAAAAAAUAUAAAGGAAAAACCUCAUGCACUCUAUUAUCGAGACGAAUCACAAAGAUUACAUAAGAAUAUUAAUGAAACAGAAAAGAAAAAGUACAGCAAUUCAUCUAUACAAAUUUCCACAUUUACAACAUCGACAGAUUUUACAAGUACAUUUUUUGAUUUGCUUUAUGAUGAGAAUGUAUCAAUGGCUGCUGACACUACUUUGGCUACUGAAACUUAUUUCAAUGAAUCAGAGUAUGACAAUGUGACUGAUAUCACAUUCUUUGAUAUAAAGACAACGCCUAAACCAACUGAAACUCCAAAGAAAAAUGUGAAUGAAAAUAAUUGUGCAUGUAAUUUAUUGUUUAAUAAAUGUGAUAUCAACUGUUGUUGUGAUAGCGAGUGUACCAUCACAGAACUUAAUUUGUUCAAAAAUUGUAAAAGGGAAAAUGAAAACCAGUGUUUUAAUUAUAAUAGAAAGUUGCAAUAUUUUUGCUUCUUUCAAGAUACAUGUAAUAGAGAUACUAGCAAUGUGUUCGAUCACUUCCUUUGUAUUGAUAAAGUAAACUUGCCUUAUAAAAGAAAAACCUACAAUAAGCAUGAAAAUAUAGAUGUCAACAAAUAUCUUAAGUGGCAUACUAGUCCAGAAUAUGUACCAUUAUACAAAUUCACAAAAAACAUAUAUGUGUACAGCCAACCUGUAUGGCUUUUCAAAAAUGAAACUCUCUAUAUAAUAUCACUACCAAUAACAGUGAGUAAUAGUUACUGUAGCGGCAAAAAACCAAUUAAAUUUUUAACAAAUGAGUACAUCAAAUGUUAUGUAAAAAUCAAGGAUCUUCACUUUUUAUAUGCUUUACAACUCUCCACUGAAUCAAAUGUCAUAAGCCCAACAGAAAUGACAACAAACAGCACAGUUUUGAACUGUUCUACAUUCCACUGUAUCAAUUGGACUGUUCUUGUUUGUAACGACAAUGAUUGCAUUACAUAUAAUAAAAGUUUACAUGAACCAUCAUGUUCAGAGAGUCAUUGUGAUAAUAUAGGAGUAAAAGUAGAAUACAUAAUUUAUUGUAAUGAUUCUGUUAUAACAAGAGCAAUACUGAAACUGUAUAUCAAACAAGUUUCUAUGGACAUUGGUUUUAUUUCACAAGAAGUUAAAGUUAAUUUCUACAUGGGAAAUGAUUCUAUUGACGACAUUGUUCCAUACAGUGGAAAUCCAGGCUACUUAAAAAAAUUACCAAUUAUUGUUUCUUAUUGUGGAAGCAAUCAUACAAAACAUUUUUACAAUCGUACACAUGGAAAUAGUUAUAAUCUUUUGCUUCCUUAUAACCAAAAUGGUCAAUGUAUUAUCACGAAUAUAACACAUAAUAUUGUAAAUUUUGGUGUUAACACAAGGCUGAAAUGUCGGAUAAAAUUAACAAAACUUAAUGCAAUAUACAAAACGGAUGGGUGUUUAAAAAUUCAAACGGAAAUUUUGGAUUUGUUACGACUAAAUCGUGAUAUAUUUAUCUCGCCCUAUGGAAAUCCAAAUAACCUCAGUGAUAGUAAAUGGUUACGUCUUGAGAGAUUUAAUAAAAGUAAUAUAUACGGUGAAUACAGUUCAAAGAAAAUCCAGCUGCAAUGCUACAAUUUAAUGACACGAUUUGCUUAUAUCUUCACAUACGCCGACAUAGGAGUCAGCAAAGAAGAAAUUAAAAUUUUGCGUGCAAUAGUUAAAGGCACGACGAAGAAUAUUACGUUUAACGUCAAUGAUUUGUCGACGGUCAUAACAGUGGAUACUAAUUUCUUAGACGCUAAUACGCGUAGUUAUGUUGGAGCAUCUUCCAGUUUUGAUUUUUCUAAGAAUUUAUUUUUUCCAUUUCAUAAUGGCAGUAGUGAUUUUAAACGUCAUACCUUAUUUUUAUAUUUAUGUACA